GUCUGCUCCUUUUUUCUGUGGUAGGGGGGAGACGGGAUAUUGUCAUUGCAGCAGUUCGAUUCAGUCAUCACAGCGCAAAAGCGAAAUGAAACUCUGUACAUUGCGUUCCCUUCGCUGGGCAAGGUCAGCUGUGCAUUGACUGUGCUGCCCCUUAUAUUGACUGGGACCCCGGUGUUUUCACCUAUUACCCACUGGUUCGGCACACUGCCGCAAUUUCUACCUUUUACUCCCCACCAAUCCUUCUCCGGAACCUGAUUGUUUUCAGGAUUAAAUUUAACCCUCUCAGCGUUGACCGGCUCCAGGUUAAACCCGUUUGCAUGAACUCCGCAUUUUGGCGAAUGAAGAGGUUGCGGGGCAGUGUUGGACUGUGCGUUUUGUUUUGCUUUUGGAAAGAACGAAUCGCCUUUACCCAACAGACCUUUAAAAGGAAAGACGUUAAACUGAAGAGUUAGGCGGAGAUAGCAGUGCUUACUCUGUGAAGGUGUCUGUUUCUUCAGUAAAGUUUACUCUGCAGCAGCAAGGUUCCUGAGACCAACCUUCAACAAGCUUCGCAUCUCUGUUCUCGAGACUGACAGCCCUAACUGAGGCUGCUGUUGUCAAGCCAAGCGGAACAGUUGCCUGUGUUUCUUAAUCUCCAGGGUAGAAAAAUGCAACCGAGAGAUGUGAGGCUGUGCUGUUCUCUGGUGGUAAUAACACUACUGCUGUGCCUGAGUGGGACAAGGCAAUCCACUCCUUCAUCGGCAGUGCCGGGAUCUCACCUUUCAACGGGAAAGCCGGGGGAAGCUCACAGACGGAUGAAACGCGGCUGGGUGUGGAACCAAUUCUUUGUGUUGGAGGAAUACACAGGCACCGACCCGUUGUACGUGGGGAAGCUCCACUCUGAUGUUGACCGAGGAGAUGGCUCAGUCAAGUACAUUCUCUCAGGAGAAGGUGCAGGCUCCAUCUUCAUCAUUGAUGAGAGCACAGGGGACAUCCAUGCUACCAAAAGGCUGGACCGUGAGGAACAGGCUUACUAUGCCCUCCGCGCACAAGCUGUUGACCGGAUAACGAACAAACCUGUCGAACCACUGUCCGAGUUUAUCGUGAAAAUACAGGACAUCAAUGACAAUGAGCCACGAUUUCUAGAUGGUCCGUACGUGACCAGUAUUCCAGAGAUGUCUCCCGUGGGAACAUCCGUGAUUCAAGUGACAGCAACCGACGCUGAUGAUCCUACUUACGGAAGCAGUGCCAGGGUGGUGUACAGUAUCCUCCAGGGGCAGCCUUAUUUCUCCGUAGAGCCCAAGACAGGAAUCAUCAGAACAGCUCUGCCGAACAUGGACCGAGAGGUUAAGGAUCGCUACCUACUGGUUAUACAAGCUAAAGACAUGGUUGGACAGAUGGGAGGCUUGUCUGGGACGACAUCAAUCACUGUUACUCUGAGCGAUGUCAAUGACAACCCACCUCACUUCUCUCGCAGGUUUUAUCAGUACAAUGUUCCAGAAUCUUUACCUGUGGCUUCAACAGUGGCUAAAAUAAGGGCUCUCGAUGAUGACAUUGGACCAAACGCUGAAAUGGAAUACCAAAUUAUUGACGGGGAUGGCUUUUCUGUUCUCAAGAUUGAAGCUGACAUGGAGACCCAAGAGGGCAUCGUAACUCUUCAGAAGGAGCUGGAUUUUGAAAAAAAAUCAAGUUACAGUCUGAAGAUUGAAGUCACCAAUAAAAAUACCGACCCAAGGUUCCAGGCGCUGGGACCCUUUGCAGACACCACCACGGUGAAGCUGGUGGUGGAGGACGUGGAUGAAGCUCCAGAGUUCAACUCGCCUCUCUACAAGAUGUCGGUCUCUGAGGCUGCAAAGGUUGGCACUGCCAUUGGCACUGUGUCUGCACAUGACCCCGACACAGCAAACAAUCCUGUCAGAUAUUCCAUAGAUCGUAACACCGACCUGGAGAGAUAUUUUAACAUUGAUGCCACCACUGGAGUCAUUACAAUUGCAAAAUCACUGGACAGGGAGACAACUGAAGAGCACAACAUCACCGUUUUAGCGAUGGAGAGCCAGAAUCCCGCUCAGAUUGGAAGAGGUUUUGUUCUCAUUAGCUUGGUGGAUAUCAAUGAUAAUGCUCCAGAAUUCCCAAUGGACUAUGAAACAUUUGUAUGUGAGAAUUCCAAUCAUGGUAAGAUAAUUCAGAGAAUCAGUGCAGUGGACAGAGAUAAACCCCCCAGCGGACACCACUUCCAUUUCUCACUUGCUGCCGGGCCUGCCAAUAACCUGAAUUUCACAGUGCAAGAUAACAGAGAUAACACAGCCACGAUUCUGACUCGGAGAGCUGGAUUCAGUCGACAAGAACAGGCUGUUUACUUCCUGCCCAUUGUGAUUGUGGACAACGGGAUUCCGCCUUUGAGCAGCACCAGCACCCUCACCAUCCGGGUCUGUGCUUGUGAUGAUGACGGCAUUGCUCAAUCUUGCAACGCUGAAGCCUUCAUCCUGCCCGCUGGCCUUAGCACCGGAGCACUAAUUGCCAUACUGGCCUGCGUUCUGACACUAUUAGUACUGGUGCUGCUCAUUGUGACCCUGAGAAGGCGCAAGAAGGAGCCUUUGAUAUUUGACGAAGAGAAGGACAUUAGGGAGAAUAUAGUCAGGUACGACGAUGAGGGGGGCGGUGAGGAGGACACAGAAGCUUUUGACAUGGCUACGCUGAGGAAUCUCAAUUUCAUUCAGGAUGUGAAAACACGACGGGAUGUCACGCCCGAAGUUCAGUUGUUUUCGAAAGCUGCACACAAGCUGUCUCCUGAUAACAUCAUCUUCAGGGAAUUUAUCUGGGAGAGGAUGAAAGGUGCUGACACAGAUCCCUGUGCUCCUCCGUAUGACUCUCUCCAGACAUAUGCAUUUGAGGGGAACGGCUCAGUAGCUGAAUCACUCAGCUCCUUAGAGUCCAUCACCUCAGCAUCGGACCAGAAUUACGAUUACCUCAGUGACUGGGGACCCCGUUUCAAAAAGCUGGCAGACAUGUACGGUAACUCCAAGGAUGGUAUGAACUCUUAGUUACACCCCUUCCAACAAUGCACUGAUUUUUUUUUUGUAAGCGGGACAGUUUCGGGAUUGGUUGGAGGGAGGGGUGGGCUGGAAUGUAAAUACAAAACCAUUUUUUAAGAGUCUUACUUUGCCUCUUCUUAAGUGGUGCAGUUUCAUCUGAAUUCCCAUGGAAAACACACAAAGCAACCAGAUUGUGAGCAUUGCUUAACUUUUGUUUUCGAUAUGAAGGGUUAAAAUGACAGCAAUGCUAGGUUAUAAACGUUAUCUCUUCUGAUUUGUACAGGAGAAUUAAUCUUUUCAUUUUGUUUUGUUACACAGUGAUAUAUUUAUAAUAAAAAGCCAAACCCCACCGUGUUUGAGCCAGGCUUGUGUACUAGCUCAGGAUCAGAAAUACAAGUGCUUGCUGACUGUAACUCCUCUCCAGAAUAUAUGAGAUGAAAUAAAGCAUGAGCAAAUCUAAUUGUAGCAAAUUAAUGGACGUUUUUCAUCUCUAAAAGACACGAAAAAUCACAAGGAACUAUUUUUACUGGAUCACUGUCCAGUACAAGCUGAAAGGGAAGACAAGUAGAAAUUGUUUUUUAAAUGUCAAAAUUGGAAAUCUCGUCAUAUGUCAUAAUCUGUGGGAAAAAAAAAGAAUUCAGGCUCAGUUUUGUAGACAAUCAUUGCUCCAUAGUUCAUAGAUCUUCCUUCAUUUGUACAUAUAUGAAUAAUAAAAAUGGGUUUUGUAAUAGGAUAUUAAAAAGUGUCAUUACGUUUGGUCAUACCUGUAUAGUUUUCAAUAAAAGGAUGGAAAUGAAUA